CACAUCCGAGUGAGUUAUCUGAGUGAGUCUGAGGGCGUGUCUGUGUGUGUCUGUGUGUCUGUCUUUUUUUCUUUUCUUUUCCUUCCUUUUAACAUGUAAAGCCAGAUCAGGAAGUGCUGUACUGUGACAGUAGAGAAGGAAGUGGGACCACAAUGGCACUAUGUUUGCUUCUGGGACUGGCAGCAUGAGAGGGCCCCGGGUGAAGACCCCUCUGCUGCUGCUGCUGCUGCUGCCACUGCUGCUGACCACUCUGACAGGGACAGAAAGACUCUCAACUGUUUCUAAUGCCACUUCAGCAGCGGACUCCUCCCUUUACGAAGAGGACAGUAAAAGCUUGAAUAUACCCGGGAACAUAAGCGUACACGGACAGCUGCCGACCACACUGACACACAGUAACAGAUCUUCAGAAACAGCAAAUGACACAUUUAAUGAUUUGACCGCCGUACCAGAGGAGGAGGACAAUGUUUGGAGUCUCAUCAUCAUCCUGAUACCUGUGGUCGUGGUGGUCGUUAUCAUCAGCGUGAUAGUUUGUGGUAUUUUCAUCCAUCGCAGGUGUAACCAAAAAGUGAGCGAUCAAGAGCUGGGAAAAGAGGAUCCAUAUUUGGAUGGGUCAAGUACAGAGAAGGUGCCAAUGCCCAUGUUUGAAGAAGACGUUCCCUCUGUGCUGGAACUAGAAAUGGAAGAGUUGGGCCAAUGGAUGAAAAAGGAUGGUAAAUCUGCAGAGGACUCUAAACUUGCAUGAAUCUAUUUGUGUUCACCUCUCUCUCCCAUGAUUUCUGCAACAAUGGACGCUCUCCCGGCACGCAAAGACACACAGUCAACGACGCAUUGAUGUCCCUUUGGAUGUUCCGACCUUUCUACAAUAAUCAAGCCACAUCUGGAACAACAGGAACUCAUUUGACUGCCAUGAAACAACAACCCCAAUUCUUUAAAGAAAUGUAUUGUUUCUUUCAUAUUUUGCCUGUUUUGAUUGUUUUGUUGAACUGUUAAGCCAUUAUGGGUUAUAAUCCUGGUAAAAAAAACAGUAUGUUCUGUCGCAAUUAAUCAUUCAGAGUAUUCCUGUUAAACCUAGAUAACAUUGUGCUGUAGCUACCAACCAUUCCAUUUUCUGCAGAUUCAUAGUGUUAAAGAGUAUGCAGUCAACUUAAAGUGCAUUAGGCUGAUGCUCUUCUCCAACCCUCACAGAUAUGUUUGCUCAUGGUUACUUCUCUCCAGCUCAAAGCCUCUUUGUUGUAUCACACUGUGUCACUCCCUUCAGCUGCAGGUUUCAAUGGUGAAAUAUCAUGUUGAAGAUUGCAGGCAUGCAUGACAGAGAAGGCCACACCUUUUCAUGCCUUUGCAGAGCUGGUUAGGACUUAGAGAGAAAGUGUUUUUAUUUUGUGUGAAAUCAGUUGCACCCGAUUUGAGUCUUUUGAUAAAUACCUGUUGCAGAAACAUGUUCAUGUCACCAUACAGUAGAUAAUAACUCUCUGACUGAAUACUUUAUGUUUACAGAUGCUGUUCAGAUAUUUCAUUUCCAAGUUUGGCUCAAAAGUGUGAAUCUAAGCAGUCAUGACACUGAUCUAAAUGUGAGUGCUUUCUAAACGUGUCCGUCAGUAUUUUGCAGUAUAUUGCACUGUAAAUAUGAGAAUACGAUACACCGAAUAUAUUAUUUUCAAGGAAUGCCGUUUGUAAAUAUUUCAGCUUUGAAUAAAAUUUCAUUCGAUAAAA